AUGGAACCUGGUGCUGGUACAAGAUUGAUGACAUCUUCAGGACAUAAUGUAACAGCUCUGGANGUCGAAGAUUUGGCACUGGCCACUAUACUAGUGAGGCCAUAUCAUUUAUACCAUGUCGAAGAUGUUGCUAAGGAGAUACUUCUUUCAAGCAAAAGGUAUGGAUUUGUUAGGCGAGUGUUCAUUGUUGCUGCUGAAAAUGAAGCUCUGAAGAAGGAAUUUUCACAGUUGAUGAUUGAAAAAAAUCCACCUGAUGAAGUAGAAGAGAUCCAGGGCUCUGACCACGUGACCAUGAUGUCUAAGCCCCAACGAUUUUUUACUACUCUUCUGAGCAUUGCCAACAAGUAUAUUUUUAUCCUUUCGCCUUCAUACGGCGAUUCUCAGUAA